AUGUUGCUAAGAGGGCGGAGGACAGUGGAUGGAGGUUGCAUGUUAGGCACGCGUAAAGAGGCUGACAACGAUCACCAACGCUCAUCAGAAUUACGACAAGCUACGUAUUCUGCAGAUUUAUCAACACAAGGGACAUCAACAGAAAUGAAACGUUUACCUGGUUAUUCACCCUUGUGGGUAGAAAAACCAUGCUUAGAAUUCGAGAGAGCAGAAAAUGAAGCGAUGUCAGUUUCGUCCCCAGAUCGGGAAAGGCCCGUCAUGGUUUCGGUGGCAACGACGACUGAUGAUUUAGAUGUACUGGUAAUGAAGACAGAUGUUGAUUUCAAACAUCAGGAAAAUGAACACGAACGGGAAACGGAGGAAAACCACUGGAAUAUUCGAGAAAAUAUGUUAUGUCGAGAAGAAGCCGAAGGCCGUUCCAGAAGUGUGUCACCUGACAGUGAGGAAAAGAAGAGCUUCGCAAACGGCCAGAUUGUUUAUUUAAGUUCACUAGAUGAGGAGGUAAGACAAGGGCAGAGCGUUUAACGAACAAUUUAGGCAUAUAUAUUUCAUAACGCAAGUCAGGGACUGUUUUUACCCUUAUACUUCAUUGAAAUUCAUCUCAUCAGUAGAAGAUGAGUGACAUCUUUGUCAUUCUAGCUUAGUACGCAUUGAUGGACGUACUACUUGACUAGUAUAGUAAUUAGGAACGCAAACGCUGACUGGGUAUAAUGAGUACAUAUAAUUAUAUAAUUUUUGUCAGGUCACGUGAUAAUACUCUAGAGAAUUGUUUCUUUCAAUUCAGUUUCUAAUUCACCUGCAUAUGUACGCAUGAUUUCUGAAAAGACAGAGGGUCAAUUUUCCCUGGGACUCUAUUGGGAAAUCAAAACAUACAAGCUAAAGAGGUGUAUUACGCUCUGACGUAACGACUGUCAGGGAGUAGGCUGUAAUACACGUUUUAAGGUACAAUUUAGAGGCACCAUUUGGCAACGGUAGCCCACGAAUUCAAGCAUUGCGAUAACCUUUUUGUGGGGAAACUAUACAUUAUUUGAAGGCAAAUUAUCCAAAAAUAAAAUAAUGGAUAACGAAAUAUCAGAGUCAUAUGCCUUUGCUUUUAUAGUUGAGUGUCAUGAGUGGGCUCUGGCUGGAUCGAGGGCGAUUUCUUAAAGUGUUAACUGCUCACCAUAACACACCAAGGGAGGAUAAUGCUCUCUUAAACACAUAAGCUGAUUGCAAAGUCGAAAAAGACAUCUCGGAGAUCAGGUAAUUCAACCUGUGGUUCGAACUUUUACAGUCUCGAGGAGUGACUCACAAAAUCAACUAAGUUGGACUACCUGCACUUUACUGAAAGACGCUAUACAAUCACUCGUUGUCAAGAAAUCAAGAAUAAUAAGGUGCCACAAGUCAACGGUCAAGUCUCUUCACAACUAGCACCUUGGGGGUAGAGGUGUGUGGCGUUUUAGGGAGGUGGCCGUUGUAAAGAGGAUCGUAAAAAAUGCAAGAGUGAAAUGUUGGACUGUCCGUCGGGCCGACGCAAUAGUCUUAAUAUAGGGAGCUUAAGCAACGACGACGGCGACGGCAAAGACAACGGCAAAAAAGGCGAUAGGUUUGGAUUAGCUUAACAACAACUUUACACGUGCAGCACACUUUUUUGUACAUUAAUUUAUUUCAAGUCACUGGACGAAUACGACGUGAAACUGCCUCAAUUCAUGCUCUGUGUUGGACGUGAAAACAAGACAACAACUUUCUUUUCUUUUCCUGAAAUUCGAUGCAGUCCUUUAGAGCUCAGUCAGCUCCAGAAAAAAUUGCCAACAUUUGACAAUAUUAAUUUAUUAAACGAGAUGGAAUAAGCACGAUAACGUUUCACUUUUCAAGUGACGUUUUCGUAGUCCUCGCCGUCGUUGUUUCUUAAACUCCCAAAUAUAGGUUGGACCGUAAUUUUGACCAAAACGUUUCUCACCACAUGUUGUUUAUUAAUCUUUUGGCUGUCUUCCAGGGUCCAGUGAAUUUUGGUCUUUGCUGUCUCUGUCCUGAAAAGUCCUUUUUCGGCGAGAGAAUAGAAGAGUUCUUCGGACAUAAGCAGAAACACUCUUAA